GCGGUCAGUCCCCGGUCCUGUCUGGCGUCGCCCAGUGCCAUGUCGGAGUGCACUGUGAUCUCCAUGAGCGGGGUGGUCGCCCCCCCAGAGAAGGGUCCCGGGCCCCCCUCCUCUGCGGGGUCCCCCUCCCCCCCCCGGGACUUCUUGCUCUUCUCCUUCUUCAACCUGCUGCUGCUGGGGAACCCCUGCUGCCUCAGCUUCGCCGCCCUCGUCUACUCCGUCAAGGCUCGGGACCGGAAGGUCAUGGGCGAUGCGCUGGGCGCGCAAAGUUACGGCUCUACGGCAAAGUGGCUGAACAUCUGGGCGCUGUUGCUCAACCUGCUAUUGCUCAUCGUGGUGCUGGUACUGUUCUUCGUGGUCAUCUUGCCCAAGGUGAAUGCCAACUUCCAUCACUAGCGCCCGACGACCUUCCCGGAAGCCUCUGCACUAGCCGGGGCAGCCUACUGCAGCCCACUCCCCAGGGCCGCCCGGCCCCUCUGGCUCCCCGUGGCACCCCCCAUGAGGCUCACAGCGGGCACCGUCCCCAGCACAGGCCAACUGGGCACUUUCUCCCUCCACUCCAGCCCCAUCUGGGCCCUUUCCAUUUCCUCCCGCCUUAAGCCAGUCCACGGUCCACCGUCAUAACUGACACCUUGCUCUCCGCCCUGCCCAGUGGCCUCUCCCGUCCCUCUCCGGAUUUUUACGGGCAGGGAACGUGUUCACUAAUUCUGUUUUACUGUACUCUCCCAAGUGCUUAGAACUGUACUCUGCACAUAAUAAGUGUUCAAUAAAUACCACUG